AGAAACCGAUCAGAGUGUGUGUUAUUUUAUAACUGAUCCGGCCCGCAGCAUGAUGCUGCCGGUGGGCUCUGCAGAGCGGCGGAUCCUGAGUGAAGCUCACUGCAGGUAAACAUUUCUGAAGCAUUGUGUGUGUUUCAGCUGAAUUGGUGUUUCCAUGUGUGAGCAGAGCGGGGCGGUGUGUGUGUGUGGGAGAAGUGUGUCGCUGUAUGUCACCUGGCACAGCAGCUCCUCACCACUUCCUGUCCCAUUUCAUCACCGCGCUUCAGAGGAAGACGCCUCACUUCGCUGCUGCCGCUGCACGACUCGGAGCGCUCUGAACUGCCUGCACCAACUGGGGACACUGGUCUGAGAUGGAGCUCCAGAACAGCGUACUGGGCCUGCUGGUCCUCGCCUCGCUGCCCUCCGCAGAGGCGCUGAGUAUCACUGACCCCCAGCUCUGCUACAUCCUGGACGGUUUUCUGGGCCUCUACGGCCUCAUCAUCACCGGCAUGUUCAUCAAGGAGAAGUUCUUCAGAACCAAAGUAAAGGGCUCAGACGACGGAACCUACGCUCCUCUCAGCAGACCGACCGGCGACACCUACGAGCCGCUGAUGACCGACCCGGAGCGAGGACGGAACCGCAGAGUGCCGGAUGACUCCACCUACACGGGCCUGGAGAAACGAUCAGAGCCGACGUACAAAGAGCUUCCUGUGAAGAGAGAGCGUCAGCGGAAGAACGAGCAGGUUUACCAGGGUCUGAGCUCGGCCACAAGAGACACCUACGACUCCCUGCAGAUGCAGCCGCUUCCGGCCCGCUAACGACCCGCCAACCGGAUCGGCUCUGAAGAAUCCUGCGGAUCAGAACCAAGUUUUACUCUGAUUGGAGACCAACGGCUCCUUAACAUCUGGGAAAUUUAACGCUUUUUCCACCAGAUUUGGAGCUUUAAAAUUCUGAAAUAUGACAGUUUUUUUCAUUUAGAGCUCAUAAAUAUGAUAAACAGUUUUCAUUAGUUUAAAGGGAAACUAAUAAUUCCACUUAGUAAUUAGUAUUUGAUGCAGACAAAGUGAUAAGUUUCAUUGUUGUGUAAAUAUUUGUAUGAGGAUGUAAAAUAGGAGGAAACCUGCUAAAGUAGUUUCUGCGUUUCUUCUUCUAAUGUCUGUCUGUGUGAAGGAUGCAGAACCCGAAGUCAGUUUAAAGAUGGAUGGAAACCCAAGAAGGACAAUUUAAACACAUUUAGUCAAAUCACAGAGAUAAAAUAGUCAUCAAAUGAAAAAAGAUAUAUCGGUUGUAUAGUAAUGUUUAACAUUAAGAGUUGAAUUGAAGAGUUUAAUUUAAUUGUUCGUUCUGAUGUUUUUUAAUCAUAUUUUCUGCCUCUUGUCACUCAUUUUUAUUAACUUUUGUAGUUUUUUGAUGUUUUCCUGAGAAUUUCUUCUGAUUUUAGAAUGUUAUAAAAUCCUGCUUCGUUAUGAAAGGUAAAGCUUUUUUUUGAUGAUUAAAUGAGUCUUAAAUAAACAGCUGUUACUC